UCUGCAUCCAAUGCCUAUCUAAACUCUGUACAUUUUUAUGUGUUGUUCUGUUACUCAGAAAAUGAAAAUGUUGGUGUCAUGGGGCUGAGGCAAAAACACAGGAUUUAUGAAAAUGUACCACCACCACCACCAAGAGUCGACGUCUACCACCAAGAGUCUUCCCCAAUGAAAAUGUUGCCCGUCAACGUCUACCACCACCACCACCAAGAGUCGACGUUGACGGGCAACGGCGUCGCCACCGCCGGCGAGAAGCUGGGCGUGGAGCGGUUCGAGCUGCCGCUGAUCUACAUCUCGCUGUCACGGAAGGUGAAGGAGGACGAUUUCCUUGCGAUGAAGGGCACCAAGCUGCCCCAGCGGCCCAAGAAAAGGGCCAAGAACAUGGACAAGACCCUCCAAGUAUUAAACACCUGGCCUGAGAUCGAUUUGAUCCUUUAUUUCUAACCCGAUCCAAAUCGAUCUCUGCUCUCAAAACUUAAACAUGUGCCCCCUUGCUUUUUAUCAUGCAGUUUAUCUUCCCGGGAAUGUAGUGGGGUAGGGGUCAUAGGAUGGAUUUGAAUUCAUGAUAGUAUAUACACAUGUACAUUGCUUAAAGAUACUAUCUACGUAUCUAUAUCUAUUACAAUUUUGUAUAAAUACUUUUUGAUAGUUUUUAAAUUUGUAUG